AUGAACGACUGGACUUCGACAGUACUCUGCAAAAUAGCAGAAAAAGCGUGGGGAACUAAAGUAGUGAGACAGGGCCAAUGCAAUGGUAAAGUCGAGUCCCAUGGUGAAGGGCUCCAGGGAGUACGAGUGCACAUUGAGGUGACCAUAAGGAAGCAUGGAAAAACUCUGGAAGAAUUUUAAGAGUCCUUAAAGCAAGUAUUGCACUUAGCAUGUUAAAAUUAGUGUAGGACCCACCGUUAUUUGGGGAACAUUUGUUUGUUAAGAUAAGCGAUUUAGUUCCAAAGUAGCUUUUGAAAUUUUUAAACUGUAUUUUGUGAGUGUGUGUGCUGUUCCUUUAUAUGUAUUUAGCAAUUUGAUUGCAUAAAUGAGAAAACGGUUCUAAAUGACCACCUAAGAAAAUUUAAUUUGCACUGCAUUAAUUAUGUAGGGUGAAAUAAUUUCAAAGCUCAGUAUCUGUGUCCUUUAAAAUAACAAAUGUCUGAAGAGUCUUAUAUGCACUGUGUGUUCAGAAGAAAUUACUACAUGUGUAACAUUUCUAAUCAGGAAUACAUUGUGAAAUAAGUGUCUUUAAACUUUUCAGAUAUCUUUAUUUAAUACUUUACAAUACUGCUCUGCACCAGAGAAGCAUGAGAACACAAUUCUAAUUGAAGGAGAGAUGAUAUAUCGAGAAAAAGCAAAUGGGCUUCAAAGCAAAAUUGAUGACGUUUUCAACAAAAUCGCAAAGCUAAUUCCCAACGUCAACGUUACUUCUUUCAAAAGUUGCACAAAUGGGAUAACCAGUAAAGCUUCCAUUAUAAAUCCCAGAUCACAGUAUUGCAUUGGUGAAAAUCUUGUGAUUCAAUGCAACAUGUAUGACUACUUAGGCAAUAGUAAGACAUAUGGAGGGGACUUCCUAAGGUCAAGACUCUAUUCUAAAGAGCUCGGUGCUUCUGUGUCUGGAAGAAUAGAAGACUUUAACAAUGGGACUUACCAUAUCCACUUUCCCUUAUAUUGGAAGGGAAAGGUCCAGGUUUCUGCUAUGCUGUUCCAUCCAAGUGAAGGAAUUGCUGCACUCUGGCGAUCUAGGCAUUCCAGUUCAGGGGUUCUUGAAUAUGAAGGCAGAUUUGUAAAUUUUACUCAAGAUGAAAUAACAGCAUGUGGCUUCAAACUUAAUACAGACAAGGAGUUGUGUGAAUACUUGGAUCAAGAUGAUGAAGAAGCUUUCUACUGCAUCAAACCUUCCAACCUGUCAUGUGAAUCAUUAAAUGAGAUGAGAUCAAUUGUUAUUCGUAAAUCACAUCUCACAAAAGAGGAAACAGAACUGUUUAAAAGGUACAAUUUAUGUUUCAUUUUUGCUUUACUGAUUUAUUUAUUAGACUCGAAGGCUCAUAUUAUGCUUCUCACCCACAGCAACAAAGUAUGUAUAAAUCAUUUCCAACAACGUGCUGAAAGAAAAAAUAUCAUAGCAUAUUAGCCAUAAUAUUAAUUCUGCUUUAAGUAGUUAAAUCUUCAAUUCAAUCUAAUUUUCUUUCCUGCUCUUCUGUCAGAUUGCUAUGUGGAACAGGGCAACCUCUGUGUUCCAUCAGCAUUAUUGUGUAUUAUGUUGCUCAGUAUUUAUUGUCUGCUCUUUUAUUUUGCAUUCUUCCCUUAAUUGCCCUCUCUCACUUCAAUAUCUGCAUCUCUCUCCAUCCAUAAUUGUUUUUUUUUCAUCUAAACCCAGACUUUCCAUUUCAGUCUGAGCCCCAACAAACAUACUUAGAAGUUGCUCCCAAGGACUCACAGCCAGCACAUCUUUCCCACCCUCCCCAUGGUACUCACUACAUUUAUAGAUAGUUCAAACCACCUGGUUUUCCACACACACCAAUCAUGCCUACCAUCUUCUCCUCCUGUAAUACCUCCAUUUCCACACCACAGACAAGUUAACCCUUCACUCCUCCAUGCUCUCCUAUGGACCUAGUGAUUUAGAUCAAAGCAAACUUUGAUUAUUUGUCUAUCUACUCCUUCCAAAUUGAUUAAUGUGUGCACGCUCUUCCUAGAAGUAAUUCACACCGGAGACAAAGUUUCUGAUUAGUGAAAAACCUGAGGAAUCCUUUAUUCCCCGGAGUGGGAGCUCCUUUUAAAGCAGAAAUACAUCAUGUACAGAGUCACAGUUAACAUACAGUAUUCAUUCAACAAUUGGUUAACAGUCUAAGGGGUCUUGUCUGAACCCCCCCUACCGGAUGUAAUGUCGUCAUUACAGAGUUCUCCCACCCAUAUUCCAGCUCCAUCUUGGUUACACUAUGGGAGGGGGAGUGAGUAGUAGUUACUGAACUGAGAGGGGCUGAAGAGGAAACAGUUACUUUAACAGCGAUGUAUGAAAUGUCGUAGGAUGGCGCUGCAGCCCCGCUGCAAGCAUGCAACUCACGGAGGGGGCGCCUUCAACCGUGGCACACUAAGUCAACGCGCUACCUGCAGAGAUGCUCCCGUUCAGCUAAAUGCUGCUGGAGGAAGUCCCGCACCUUGUCAGACUUCCUCCAUUAUAAAUUCAUAUAGCACAGCCCUCACCCUUGCUAAAUAAUCCUACUUUUAAUCUCUUGUUAGUUCAUGCUCACGCAAUCCCAGGCAUCUCUUUAAUACCUUCAACUUUCUCCUUCGCCCACCGCAAGACACCCUUCAAACUAACCUUUCAGCAGAUAGCCUUGCAUGCUAGUUUACCAACAAGAUUGAACAACAAAGGAAAGAAUUCUUCCUCCUUUGCACCUCCCUUUUGCAACCACCAUCGACCGGACCUUCCCUACCCUACAGACCUUCUCCCCAGCUAUAGAACAGGAGGUGGCUUUGCUUCUCCUCUUCUCUCAUCCCACCACCUGUCCGCUUGAUCCAGUACCAUCCCACCUUAUCAGAUCUCUCUCCCCUUGUCUUGUACCAUCUUUAACACACAUCCUAAACUGCUCUCUUUCAUCUGGUGUUGUCCCUGCUUCCUUUAAGCAUGCUAUUGUCGUACCCAUCCUAAAAAAGCCAUCUUCCCCUUCCAUCUAUCAUCCUUCCUGCUUCCUUUUUCCUCAAAACCUCUAGAAAGACUUGUCUUUACUCGUAUGACUCACUUCCUAAAUUCCAACUCCCUCCUCGAUCCUCUUCAAUCUGCCUUUCGCCCCCUCCACUCCGAGACUGCUCUUAUUAAAGUUACAAAUGACCUAAUCACAGCUAAAUCCAAAGGCCACUAUUCCAUACUAAUUCGUGUUGACCUCUCUGCUGCCUUUGACACUGUUGAUCAUGGCUUCCUUCUCCUAACUCUUCAAUCUCUUGGUCUCUGUGACACAGCCCUCUCAUGGUUCUCCUCCUAUCUCUCCCAAUGCUCCUUCAGUGUCUCUUUUUCCAACACCUCCUCCUCUCCUCAUCCUGUCUCAAUCGGAGGCCCUCAAGGUUCAGUUCUUGGUCUCCUUUUGUUCUCUUUCUAUACUGCCUCUCUUGGAAAACUCAUUAAUUAAUUAAUUUAGAUUCUACUACAACUUGUACACUGAUGAAACCCAGAUAUAUCUCUCCUCCUAUGACCUCUCCCCUGCUGUCCUACAACAUGUCCCCAAUUGCCUCUCUUCUCUCUCUGAUUGGAUGUCCUACAGCAUUCUGAAACUCAAUCUCUGUAAGCCUACUCAUAACACUGAUCCUUCUCCUUCACUCUCCUUGCAGGUUUACAGAACCUGUCUCACCCCAUCCUUUCAAGCUCGCUGUCUUGGUGUAAUUUUUGAUCCUGGCCUCACCUUUGUGCCUCAUGUCCAGUCUGUUGCUAAAACCUGGUGACUCCAGCUCCCAUUGGAUUACUGUAAUCCCUUCCUAAUUGGUCUGCCCAGAAGCCGUUCUUUCCCCCUACAAUCUGUGAUGAAUGCUGCUGCCAGGCUGAUCUUUUUCUCUUGUCGCUCCUCUCACACCUCACCCCUCUGUCAAUACUUACACUAGCUUCCUGUAUCCUACAGGUUUCAAUAAAAAAUACUAACCCUUACCUGUAAACCCAUAACCAACUCUAGUCCCUCUUACAUUUCUUCACUGAUUCAUAGGUAUGCCCCCUCUCGGUCUCUCCACUCUACUGGUGACCUUCUCCUGUCUGCUGCUCGCACACUUACUGCAAAUUCAUGCCUGUAAGACUUCCCACAGGCUGCUCCUUUUCCUUGGGAACAGCCUGCCUACCCCUGUCAGACUCUCCGCUAGUCCUCAAUCCUUUAAGAAGUCCCUCAAAACCCAUCUUUUCAGGAAUGCUUAUGGCAUCCAAGAGUAACUUCUAUCUCAUAAAACCUUCCUCUUGCUCUCUUCUAAAGGGCCACACUCCACUCCCACCUCCAGUUCUGACUUUCCCACCAUGUCUAUUUGCUGUCUCCCUCAAUACCCUUCCUAUUGUGUUUUUAUACCCCACCUCCUCUAGAUUGUAAGCUCGUUUGAGCAGGGUCCUCAACUACCCAUUGUUCCUGUUACAUUUUGUUAUCGUCUCAUUUGGUAAAUUCCCCUUUUAUUGUAAAGCGCUGCGGAAUAAGCUGGCUCUAUAUAAAUAAUAACCAAUAAUAAUAAUAAUAUUACUAUUAAUAUUUUUUUUAAUAUCUUUUUUUUUUUUUAUGGUACUUUUGCUUUUUAUAUGCUGCCUUCAAGCCAUGGAUUCCUCUUUGUGUUUUCCCCUCAUUCCCCAAGUCGGCCUUCAUCACCCCAUUCGGCCUGUACCAAUUUAAGGUAAUGCCAUUUGGGAUGAAGAAUGCCCCAGCCACCUUCCAAAGGAUGGUGGACCGACUGCUAGAUGGCCUCUAGGAGUAUGCCUGUACAUAUGCAACCAUAUACAACGACAUCUGGGAGCACCCCGACCUGAUGCCAAAACCGCAAGGGAAGCCAUGGCGCAUGCCUUUCCCUUGGUGGCCACCCAUUCGAAAAGAUGAACGCCAUCCAAGGGGCGCAUUCGCGGAUCGCUUCCCACCCCGUUCAUUUUCCGAACGGAGACCUCCAUAGUGACCCAUUAGAAUGUUCACACCAAUCAGUUAAAACAUUUGCACUUGCAACAUAAGUGUGAAAUCGCCAGGGAAGUAAUUUUAAUGAAUGCUACUCUGUGUGUCUGCCAUUUCGUAUAGGUGAAUGGCACGCAGGGGGAGCUUUCGUAUCCCGAAAGAUGCUUCCCUUGCCUGGUUUCACACAGGGUCCCUGCAAACAGAGGCUGUUCGAGGCAGGCACUGUUAUGGGGAUCCCUGGGAUUGGUGUGGGCAUCCUUUGUUGACAAUGGCUGGUUUGGCAGGCUUUCUGUAACUGUGAGUCAAGGAGGCAGAUGUUUUCCCAGGACUCUCAGGUAUAGAGGAUAUUGGGAAGAAGACCCCCUGUCACCGGAAAUGAGAGACCCUACAUUUGGGUGGCGGAAACAGGGGAAAAAGGGAUUCCUGGGAAGAAGACCCCCCUGUCAUCAGAAGUGGGAAACCUGUGCUUGGGUGGCAGGACAGGGGACAAAAGGACUGGGACUCACACAGCAGACGCCUGGGAGGGGGAGGACCCUGGGAUUGUGUGGUAUACACCCCUUGUAUGGGGUUUUGUAUAAAAGCAGUGUGUGGCCAAAAGGUGAGGGCAGGCAGCUUCAGGCCUGGGGGGGGGGGGGACAAAUCCAGUCAACUGGCCUAUUGCACCAUCAGCUCACCAUCCAUGCCCACCUUUUCUUGGUUUUAUAAUGGAUAUUGAUGUUAUGCUAGUCAGUAGCCCUUUGCAAUACCCACUCCUUCGCGGCUCCGACUUUCAGUGUUGUCAGAACGCAGGCUGAGAAUCUCAGAGCCUGUGCGCUGAGUCACUAAUUGAGCACCAGAACCACGAGGGAGAGGAUAUGAUCUGACUGCACUUACUGCUGGCCCGUACCAGUGGACCACCAGGGAAUCGUUUAAAUUGAAUAUGCUGGUGUCCCCAACUUGUGAGCUGUGUUGGCCGCCAGGCGCCUCUGUUGUCACGGCGCCCUGCAUGACCGCACAGCUUGCACAGCCCAAAGGCUGGCUCUGCUGACAGACACACUGGCACUCACUCUCAAUAACACACACACACACUCACUGACAGGCAGACACACACAUUCACUGACAGACAACCAGUUGACAGACACACUCGCUGACACACACUCACACACUGACAGACACACAAACACUGACAGAUACACACUCAGUGACACACUUAUUAAUAAACACAUACACACACACUUACUGACAGAGACACACACACACACACACUGACAGACACACACUCACUGACAGACACCAGUGCCAUCUUAACAACAUUAUUGGCCCCCGGGCAAAGCAAUGCACUGGGGCCCUGCCUACAUAACUCACAGGAAUAAAAACAUAAAUUAUAGAUGCAAUUAAGUUUAUAUUUAUUAGUACCUACUACCUCCAACAAAUGCAAUACAUACAUACAAUACAUACACAGACUGGUGAAUACAGUCACAGACUGCUGAAUACAUACAUGCAACGACUGCCGAAUACACACAGACAGACUGCUGAGUACACACAGAGAGUGCUGAAUACAAACACACACACACAAACUGAUAAAUACAUACACACAGACUGCUGAAUGCAUACACACAGUUCGCUGAAUACACACACACACAGACUACUGAAUACACACACAGACUGCUGAAUACAUGCAGAGUUUGAGGGGUGCAGGUAGCAAAUGUUUUUUGUUUUUUUAAUACUACUAUACAUUAAAUAAAAUCUCUAUAUCCCCCCCACACACUCACUGACAGACACACACACUUACUGACAGACAGACACACAUUCACAAAUUAAUUUUAUUGCUUGUUGAUCCUACCUUGAGUCCUCUGGGUCCUCUCCCCGGGGUCCAGUGGCUUUCAUGAUUAUCCUGCUCCUCUCUGCUCCCUCGCACUGUAUAGGGAUGUGUGGCCGGAAUUGUCAUAUUCCGGCUCCCGGCAUCAUUAGAGAGGGCACGCGAGGGAGCAGGAAGAUCAUCAGCACAGCCAGCGCUCCCUCGCCGCCUGCCGAUAUAUUGCUGCAGAGUAGGCACCUGCCAUCUUAGCUCUUUCGGCCGCACUGUUAGUCUGAGGAUAAUAGGACGAGGAAAAUGAUAACUCUAUACCCAAUUGCUUGCUGAAAGCCCUUCAAAAUUAGACACAAAUUGAGAACCCCUGUCAGACACUAUAUUCAGUGUAACCAUGUAACUUGAAUUUCUCCUUUAUGAAUAUGUGUACGAGUUCUAGGGCAGUAGGUAGCUUCUUGAAUGGAAUUAAAUGCACCAUCUUAGUGAAAUGGUCUAUGACCAUUAGGAUAGUGUUAAAACCUUUAGAGACUGGAAGAUCAACAAUAAAGUCCAUAGCUAGAUGAGACCAUGGAAUGUGAGGUAUAGAAAAUGGUUGUGGCAAACCACCUUGCUGUCUAUGUGGAACUUUGGAAACAGCGCAAGUCGUGCAAGCUGUAACAUAUUCUCUUAUAUCCCUUUUAAGAGAAGGCCACUGAAACAUUCUGGUGACAGCAAAUAUCGUUUUGCUGAUAACAAGAUGCUCUUCUGUUACAUUAUCAUGAAACACCCUUUAAUAUUUCCUUUCUUUCCUUUACUGGUAUGUACAAUUUACCAUGUGGAUUGCCGCUAGGAGCCUGUGUCUGAGCUGUCACAAUAACACUAAGGAGAGGUGAAGAUAACAUAAGAACAGUAGCGGCAAUAAUGUAUUCGGUGGAAUAAUAGGGGGCAUCUCUUGCUCCUGUUCCUCCUCAGAAUCAUAUUGCCAAGAUAGGGUGUCAGCUUUCACGUUUCUUGUGCCUGGUCUGUAUGUAAUCACGUAAUUAAAAUGUGACAAGAACAGAGACCAUCUGGCUUGUCUUUAAGACAACCUCUUGGCCUCUCUUAUGUAAGUCAGAUUCCUGUGAUCAGUGAUAAUCAAAAGUAGAUCUUUAGAACCCUCCAAAACAUGUCGCCAUUCCUUUAAGGCCAGGUUAAUAGCUAAAGGUUCUCUGUUGCCAAUAUGAUAAUUCCAUUUGCUGGCAACAGCUUUCUGGAGAAAAACUCACAAGGGUGCAAAGGGGUGUACUGUUUUUCCCUCUGAGAAAGAUAAUCACCUACUCCAGUUUCAGAGGCAUCAACCUCUAGAAUAAAAGCAUCAGGGUACACAAAUAUGAGAGCAGAAGCAAACAAGGUCUUGAGAGUAUCAAAUGCUUCUUUUGCUUCCUGUGACCAUAUGUGACAGUUUACACAGUGUUAAGUUGUAAUAGUUUUAGGUUAGUUAUGGAGGCUAUAACUAUAGAGAACCCCUUUUAUGAACCUACGAUAAUAAUUAUAAAAAAAAGGCAGAAUAUGAAACCAGAAACUUAAUGAAACCAGAAGCUGAAAUCACAUUAACCAGGAACUGAACCUAUGUCUGAUCAAAGAGGCACUUUUCAAGUUUACAGUAUAACCCAUGUUUUAGUAAAGUUUGUGAAACUUGUUUUACAUUCCUAUGGGGAGUAUAGCAAGCAGGAGAAUAUAUGAGUAUAUCGUCAAAGUACACCAACACAAAAUGUUGUUUAUAAGAUACUGAAACACAGCUGUAGCAUAACAUAAGCCAAAGGGCACGACACCUUGGAGUCUGUCAAAUAAUUUGGAUAUGAGUGGUAUAGGAUAGGCAUUCUUUGUUGUGAUUUUGUUUAAAGCCCUAUAAUAAAUACAUGGUUACAGAUCUCCAUCUUUCUUGGAUACAAAAAAGAAACCAGCACCGACUGGAGAAAAUCUGGCUAUGUGUAGCGGAGCUCUCUGUACCCUGGCUGGGUACCUCCGCCAAGGACCACUUCCCAGCUGGAACCAGGGAAAACAUCAGCGCUUCUGCUCCAGUCGCCAUGGCUUGACUGGGGUCCUCCUAGAGCCUCUCCGUUCUGGAACAGAAUAGGGGACUAGCUCUAUUCCCUACCAGGGACUGGACGACACACAGCCCUGGGAGCUCUAGUCCUUACAAGGACUUUCCCCGCUGAAUCCUUCACAAGCUGGAACAAGAUUCUGAGCAGUGAUUAGCCCCUUCCCCUUCCAGUAACUAGAUGACACAUAGUUCUGAGAGAACAACUGAUUUUAAUGAGCCAAACUAAUCCUUUUAUGCACAGACCCCAGCAGGGGGUCUCUAUUGUAUUCAACAAAAGCCCCUCCCAGGAAUCUCUGGGCCUGGGAGAUAAUUACAUUAAAGACUGGUAAGCUAAUUAUCUCCCAUGAACAGAGAGGCAAACACAAAAACAUAAAAAAUACCCCAUAUCAUCAUAAAAACAUACAAUAACCCCACAAAUAGUACAUCCCAAGUUCUCCAAAAAGAGUUUAGAUCCAUGCAGUGUAGGGGAAAUGCCACCAUGUUAAAGUUCUGACCGGGUGCUAACGUGGGCCUAUGCCCAAAAUAGUUCCAGGGCGUUUGGUGCUUUUGCCGGUCAACUUUUGGGAGCUCCUGCGUCUGAAAUGCAGGGUGCUCCUUCUGGCUCUCAGGUAGCAUUUGUUCCCCUUAGCAUUCUCUCCAAAAAGCACUCUCCUGGCAGGUUGCAGUGGUUCAAAACCCCGGACCAAGUUGUCCGGGAACCGCACGGUCACCUCAUGCUGAAAAUAGUUCCAUAACAUUCGCGGCUAAGUGCUGCUGAAGUAACCGAGAACCCAUGAAGUCCUCAUGCCAAAAUUUAUUCCAGUACGGCCGCUGCUAAGUACCGCUGAGGACCAUUCGAGGGUUUGGUUCAUGUGAAUGGCCACCAGGGAGCUAGCGUUCGGUUCCAUUCGAACCAGGAGCACCGAGGGAAAGCUGCUAAUGGCAGCUGGGAAGGUUCACUUCUGAACAGGCCAGCUCCAGUAGUCCAUGGCAAACGUUCAUGGGAAGGAGCAUUUGGACAAGCUAUUCUCAAAUUACCCUUUACCUGCGUGUGCAUCGACAGUGUGACGUCACACGCACACACCGCCAUCUUUAAUGUGGGCACUGUGUAACUUAGUAGUAAGUAGAAACGGAUUACUGUGAAAAAUCAAGCCAGGAUGAUCGGUCUCCUGUCUGCUUCCAUCCAAGAGAUUUGUCCAUGCCCUCUUUAUUAUUAUGCUCUAGAGUGAUUAAAGACAACAUACCUCCUAUGUGGUUUCUCCUACACAUAUCUUGUUACCCAGGAUUGUAAUGCCAAAGAAGUAAAAUACAGUUGGUGCUAGCAUACUGAUGUGCAGAAUGGCUUUGUGAUAAACAGAACAGUAAUGAACCUUGCCAUCAUGUCCAAUGCAAGCACAUAUGGUCUUGGAGGGCUUUGUAGAAAUCUUUCUACUGGAGCCAAUUGGACCCAGCAGAGUCUUCCCCCAAUACUAUUUGCAAGGAUUGCCUGAAAUAUUUUGAUCAAUGCAUUUUUACAAAACUGGUCAGGUUCAUGACAUUAUGCUUUUUUACAAAACUGGUCAGGUUCAUGACAUUAUGCUUUCUCUGUAUUUCUCCUGAACAUAUGUUACCAAUCAGGGAUGGUGUUCUUGGUGACCCCAUUCUGGACCUCACAACAGUCAAACUCCUCCUCCACUGUUGAUCUCCAUUAACUUCCAUAGACGGUUGCCAACAUUUCUGAUCCAUCUUGCAGACCCAAAAGUUACAGAAGCUUGGUGCUUUUAUCAAAGUACUUGGGAAGCAUGGACUGGUUGAUACUUGGAAUGAAAAUUGGAACCAGUAUUGGCUGCUGUGGCCACUAUCCUUCAUUUUCUGAUGUUCAUAGUUCAUAGUUCAUAGUUACAUAGCUGAAAAGAGACUUGCGUCCAUCAAGUUCAGACUACCUAACAUUUGUUUUUUGCUGUUGAUCCAAAAGAAGGCAAAAAAAAAAAAAAACAGUUUGAAGCACAAUUUUGCAACAAGCUAGGAAAAAAAUUCCUUCCUGACCCCAGAAUGGCAGUCAGAUUUAUCCUUGGAUCAAGCAGUUAUUACCCUACAUUGAAAGAUUAUAUCCUUGAAUAUUCUGUUCUUGCAAGUAUGCAUCUAGUAGCCAUUUGAACAUCUGUAUGGACUCUGAUAAAACCACUUCCUCAGGCAGAGAAUUCCACAUCCUGAUUGUUCUUACAGUAAAAAAACCUUUCCUUUGCCUUAGACGAAAUCUUCUUUCUUCCAGUCUAAACGCAUGGCCUCGUGUCCUAUGUAAAGUCCGGUUUGUGAAUAGAUUUCCACACAAUAGUUUGUAUUGGCUCCGAAUAUAUUUGUAUAAUGUUAUCAUAUCCCCUCUCAGGCGACGUUUUUCUAAACUAAAUAGGUUUAAAUUUGUUAACCUUUCUUCAUAGCCGAUAUGUUCCAUUCCUUUUAUUAAUUUUGUAGCCCGCCUCUGCACUUUUUCUAGUGCCAUAAUAUCCUUCUUUAGAACAGGUGCCCAAAAUUGCACAGCAUAUUCAAUAUGAGGUCUUACCAGUGAUUUAUAAAGAGGCAAAAUUAUAUUCUUGUCCGAGAAUGAAUGCCCUUUUUCAUGCAUGACAAUACCUUACUGGCCUUGGCCACUGCUGAUUGACAUUGCACAUUGUUGCAUAGUUUGUUGUCUAUAACAAUUCCCAAGUCCUUUUCAUGUGUUGUUAUCCCUAAUUCGCUUCCAUUAAGGGUAUACGUUGCUUGUGUAUUCUUUACGCCGAAGUGCAUAACUUUGCAUUUUUCAACAUUAAAUUUCAUCUGCCAUUUGAGUGCCCAGUCCCCCAGUCUAUCUAAAUCCCUCUGCAGCAAAGUAAUAUCUUGCUCACAUUGUAUUGUUUUACAAAGUUUGGUGUCAUCUGCAAACACUGAUACAUGACUUUCAAUGCAGUCUUCAAGAUCAUUUAUAAACAUGUUAAAUAGAAGGGGUCCCAGAACAGACCCCUGAGGGACACCACUUGCCACCUCUGUCCAUCUUGAAAAUUUACCAUUAAUGACAACUCUUUGUACUCUGUUUUUAAGCCAAUGUUCUACCCAAGAACAAGCAUUUUCAUCUAGACCGAUUUCCUUGAGUUUGAACACUAAUCUAUUGUGUGGAACUGUAUCAAAUGCCUUGGCAAAAUCCAAAUAGAUCACAUCCACGGCAACACCCUGAUCUAUACUUCUACUUACUUCUUCGUAGAACGCAAUCAAGUUAGUUUGACAUGACCUGUGCUUCAUAAAACCAUGCUGAUUUUUGCUGAUAACCAUGUUCUUCUCAAGGAAUUCUUGAAUAUUAUCCCUUAAUAACCUUUCAAAUAUUUUACCAGCCACAGAAGUUAAGCUCACAGGUCUAUAAUUUCCAGGCAAGGAUUUUGAACCCUUUUUGAAUAUAGGAACUACAUCUGCCUUCCUCCAAUCCUCCGGAACACUUCCUGAAAGAAAAGAAUCUUGAAAGAUUAAAAACAGAGGUUCACUUAUUUCUGCACUUAGUUCUUUAAGUACACGUGGAUGGAUACCGUCAGGCCCUGGAGCUUUGUUUAUAUUAACUUUCUUUAGUUGCUGCAGCACCUUGUCUUGAGUUAACCAAUUACAAUUAUUCUGCAAGUAUUUAGUAGCAAUCAUUUGCACAUCUAUUGCCAUGGGUUUUUUCUUAAUAUAUAACGAGGAGAAAUAGUUAUUUAAAAUUCCUGCCUUUUCCUGGUCUUCAUUAACUAACACCCCAGUUUCAGUUUUUAGUGUACCUACACUUUAAUUUAGUUUUUUUUUAGAAUUUAUGUACUUAAAAAUGCCUUGGGGUUGGUUUUACCAAUUUGACCAAGGACAUGUGUACCACAUGGUCAAUGUUCAUCAAUCUGCUCUUUGACUGGUAUUCCACUCCAUGAGCGAUGACAUGAUGUCUAAGGCUCUUGUUGUUGGAUGUUGACUGGAGAAGCUAUUAAUAUGGCUGAACUUGUGAAACCACCUUGUGCGGUUUUUCUUUCAUAAUUAAUAAAAUAAAAUUUACAAGGAAAGGUAAAGGAUCUUUAACAUGUAUAACGUGGAGGAAAGACAAGACAGCGGGGAUAUGAUAGAAACAUUUAAAUACAUAAGGGGAAUCAACACAGUAAAGUAGGAGACUUUAUUUAAAAAAAGUAAAAACUAACACCACAAGAGGACAUAGUUUUAAAAUAAUAUCAGGAAGUAUUACUUUACUGACAGGGUAGUGGAUGCAUGGAAUAGCCUUCCAGCUGAAGUGGUAAAGGUUAAGGAAGGAGUUUAAGCAUGUGUGGCAUAGGCAUAAGGCCAUCCUAGCUAUAAGAUAAGGCCAGGGACGAAUUAAAAUAUUUAGAAAAUUGGGCAGACUAGAUGAUUCUUUUCUGCCAUCACAUUGUUCUCAUGGUUCUUUUUUGCCGUCACAUGUUAAUAUUUCCAAUCAUGUUAUUGCUAGCUAUCUGUAUGGGCAAAAUAUUUGGUUCGGUUCAGCACUUCUGAAAUUCGGGACAUUGCAAUUUGGAAAUUCGUCAAUUCGAGACUUCAGCACUUCAGUCAUUUGUAAGCAUCCCUCUCUUGCCACCACAACCACUUACACAUCUGUAGGGCUCCCUAACCUUAAUGCUUUUCUCUAUGUGUGUACUUGCAAAGCAGUGUUGACUUGCAAUGCCUUAACACAAUGAGCUAGAUAUUAUAAAUGUGUCCUUUUUCUUUUAGUGUGAGUUUUCUGCAGUUUUAUUAUUACAUUUCAAGGCUAUUACUGUCUCCUUGUUUUAUAUUUUACUAAAUGCUACUAUACUCUUCUGAUUACUUACUGAUGCAAAAUAAGAGGAGGUAGAUUUGAAGACUUGACUACUUAAAGCAACAAUCCAUUAAAAAAAAAAAACUAAUUGGAAAAUCGGAAGUAGUUGUUUUAGGAGCUAUAGCCCCUGGGUGCCAUUUUACUGCAAGGUGUUGAACAGUUUUGGAACAGUUUAAUACCAAAGUUUGGUUCCCAGAUGCCGUCCACACUGCCUCACAUUUCCUCUUCUGUUGUACAGUGCAGAAAUUGUUGUCUCGGGUGUUGGUAAUAGACUAAGACCAGCAUUGCACUCUGCACUGCAGCAUCAGAAUAGACCAUGUAACUAUCUUUCAGGCAGGGAGCGGUUAUGGUGCUUGGAAUGCUCCUUUAAAAAAAAGCAAAUAGAUAAGCAGAUUUUGAAUUUAAAAAAAGUAAAUCUUCAUAAAAACCCUAGCCACUGCAUGAUGUACAGGUUAAUCACACUGGUGACCUGCUGAUUCCAUAAACUAUGAAUGUUGCCUUUUAAAAAGCAAAAUAACAACCUUCAUUUAAUUUUCUUGAAGGUCAAAUAUUGGAGUAGAAAUUUCCAAAGAAUUCAAGUUCAUAAAUGUUGAAGACUGUAAAAGUAAGUACAUUCUUUGCAAAUCUGAUAAGAAUUUGUUUUGUCUUAAGAAACUAAAUAUGACAUAUGCAAAGCCAAAUCAAUAUCUGUAUGCCACUUUGAUUCAAAAUCAGAUGUAAUACAAUUUGAAUCAUUGAGUGUUAAAGGACCACUAUAGGCAUCCAGAUCACUUCAGCUUAAUGAAGUGGUCUGGGUGCCAGGUCCAUCUAGGGUUAACACUGCGUGCUGUAGACAUAGCAGUUUCAGAGAAACUGCUAUGUUUACAUAUGGGUUAAUCCAGCCACUAGUGACUGUCUCACUGACAGCCACUAGAGGCGCUUCCGAUCUUCUCACUGUGAUUUUCACAGUGAGAAGACGCUGACGUCCAUAGGAAGGCAUUGAGAAUGCUUUCCUAUGGACUGACUGAAUGCGCGUGCGGCUCUUGCAGCGCAUGUGCAUUCAGCCGAUGACGUCGGUAGGAAGAGGAGAGUCCAUGAGGGUCCAUGAGGGUGGGGGGACCUAUUAACCUAUUAACACUAUAGUGCCAGGAAAACAAGUUUGUUUUCCUGGCACUAUAGUGGUCCUUUAAACAUCUAACUCUCAUGUAAUGGGAAAAUCAGACUUUAAGAGCCAACCACAGGAGAGUUAACGUACAGCUAAUUUUCCCUACAUCAGAUAAUUUGUGUUUAUAGGGAGAUGUUUCUUCACACUGAGGGACACCACUUGCCACCUCUGCCCAUACCAACACAUUCUGCUUGUUGAAAUAGAAAUGGUGAAUUACAUACAGUUGCAAGAAAAAGUAUGUGAACCCUUUGGAAUGAUAUGGAUUUCUGCACAAAUUGGUCAUAAAAUGUGAUCUGAUCAUCAUCUAAGUCACAACAAUAGACAAUCACAGUCUUCUUAAACUAAUAACACACAAAGAAUGAAAUGUUGCCAUGUUUUUAUUGAACACACCAUGUAAACAUUCACAGUGCAGGUGGAAAAAGUAUGUGAACCCUUGGAUUUAAUAACUGGUUGAACCUCCUUUGGCAGCAAUAACUUCAACCAAACGUUUCCUGUAGUUGCAGAUCAGACGUGCACAACGGUCAGGAGUAAUUCUUGACCAUUCCUCUUUACAGAACUGUUUCAGUUCAGCAAUAUUCUUGGAUGUCUGGUGUGAAUCGCUUUCUUGAGGUCAUGCCACAGCAUCUCAAUCGGGUUGAGGUCAGGACUCUGACUGGGCCACUUCAGAAGGCGUAUUUUCUUCUGUUUAAGCCAUUCUGUUGUUGAUUUACUUCUAUGCUUUGGGUCAUUGUCCUGUUGCAACACCCAUCUUCCACUGAGCUUCAGCUGGUAGACAGAUGGCCUUAAGUUCUCCUGCAAAAUGUCUUGAUAAACUUGGGAAUUCAUUUUUCCUUAGAUGAUAGUAAUCCGUCCAGGCCCUGACGCAGCAAAGCAGCCCCAAACCAUGAUGCCCCCACCACCAUACUUCACAGUUGGGAUGAGGUUUUGAUGUUGGUGUGCUGUGCCUUUUUUUCGCCACACAUAGUGUUGUGUGUUUCUUGCAAACAACUCAACUUUGGUUUCAUCUGUCCACAGAAUAUUUUGCCAGUACUGCUGUGGAACAUCCAGGUGCUCUUGUGCAAACUGUAAACAUGCAGCAAUGUUUUGUUUGGACAGCAGUGGCUUCCUCUGUGGUAUCCUCCCAUGAAAUCCAUUCUUGUUUAGUGUUUUACGUAUUGUAGAUUCGCUAACAGGGAUGUUAGCAUUUGCCAGUGACUUUUGUAAGUCUUUAGCUGACACUCUAGGAUUCUUCUUCACCUCAUUGAGCAGUCUGCGCUGUGCUCUUGAAGUCAUCUUUACAGGACGGCCACUCCUAGGGAGAGUAGCAGCAGUGCUGAACUUUCUCCAUUUAUAGACAAUUUGUCUUACCGUGGACUGAUGAACAGCAAGGCUUUUGGAGAUACUUUUAUAACCCUUUCCAGCUUUAUGCAAGUCAACAAUUCUUAAUCGUAGGUCUUCUGAGAGCUCUUUUGUGUGAGGCAUCAUUCACAUCAGGCAAUGCUUCUUGUGAAAAGCAAACCCAGAACUGGUGUGUGUUUUUUAUAGGGCAGCUGUAACCAACACCUCCAAUCUCAUCUCAUUAAUUGGACUCCAAUUGGCUGACAUCUCACUCCAAUUAGCUCUUGGAGAUGACAUUAGUCUAGGGGUUCACAUACUUUUUCCACCUGCACUGUGAAUGUUUACAUGGUGUGUUCAAUAAAAACAUGGCAACAUUUCAUUCUUUGUGUGUUAUUAGUUUAAGCAGACUGUGAUUGUCUAUUGUUGUGACUUAGAUGAUGAUCAGAUCACAUUUUAUGACCAAUUUGUGCAGAAAUCCAUAUCAUUCCAAAGGGUUCACAUACUUUUUCUUGCAACUGUAUAUAGGUGGAUACAUUUCAUUCAGUGUGUUUCACACACAUGCAAACACAACGUUCACUUUUCUCUGGAUAUCAUAAUACAGAUGUGGGCUAAUUCAAUCCCCCACCCCAAAAAUAAACACUUUAUGUCCAGCUAGCAAUAUCCCUUGUUGUAUUUUAACAUUUUAAUGAAAGUUAAAGUAUUAGUUAUGGUUCUAAAAGUGUCAGGAACCUUCCUAGAGUUAGUAAUUGAACUUUUUGCAGAUAAAUUAACAACUUACCUGAAACAGCCAGUAGCUCUCUGCACUGAGCUAGUCCGUCAGUGCAGGCCUUAGCUCAUUGGCGUGGCUCAGGAGCGUUAAUAGACUUUCUGUCCAGUAGCUUUCUUAUGUCCUAUAAGCUGUGACUAGGACAUUGUGGACACCAGCAAAGUUGUCAAACCAUUUGCAAAUGGUUUGACUACAUAUCCUGGGAGGACGCCAGUGGUUAUGGUAUUUGGAGUGUUUCUUAAAGAGUAAAUUUUUUAGGAUUCAGAUUAGCAUGUUUUAGAGAUAUAUUUAUUGCAUCCAUGUCAUCUUUGCAACAAAACAGGAGCCCCAGCUGCAACAUACCUGUGACCCCCAUCAUUGCAUACCUUUUUUUCAGACCUUUUUAACAGAUUGUUUUACUAGGCUCAUGUAACCUUGGUGCAGAAAAUCAGUCCCAAAAUUCAAAUGAAACCCACCAUGGUGUAUAAUUUGCAAAAUUAGGCAGUUAGGGCUAUUUCACAAUAUUUUUGUGAAUAAGUUCAAAAUACUGUAACACCUUUAAAGGGAUACUAUAGUGGCAGGAAUACAAAGCUCUGUUCCUGGCACUAUCACUCCCCCUGCCUCCCCUCCUCCCUCCCAUGACCCUCUAGAGUAAAUAAAGGGUUAAAAAAAUCCUUUAUUUACUUACCUGACCCCAGCGCCGAUAUCUACGUCACUGGGUCUAAGCUCCUCCUCACUCCUGCGACGAGCAGGCUUUAAUGCACAUGCGCAGCAAAUGCUGUGUGCGCAUUAGACCUUCCCAUUGGAAAGCAUUAAAUCAAUACUUUCCUAUGGGGAAAAAUCUGACGCUGGAGGUCCUCAUGCAGGGUCAGAUACCGGGCCAAACGUCCAUUUCAAACCAGGAAAUACUCUAGUGGCUGUCUGUUAGACAGCCACUAGAGGCUGACUUAGUGCUGCAAUGUAAACAUUGCAGUUUCUCUGGAACUACAAAGUUUAAUAUUGCAGCACUAAGGGCCAUAGGGACACUGUAAAAAAGACUGAGGAUUUAAUAGGCUAGAACCAAAACAGAUAAAUGAGAAGUAAAUAAUAGGCAUUUUAUUAAAAUGUUACACCACUAAAGGGAUACUAUAGUGCCAUUAAUACAAAUCUGUAUUCCUGGCACUAUCGCUCCCCCUGCACCCCCCUCCCCCCACGCGUGUGUUAAAAUACACUAUUUUUGCACAUUCAGUUGUCACUAAAAUGGGUGAAGCACGUGAGAAUAACUACCUAUUUCUAUUGCAUUAUUUUGUUUUUGAAGUGUAAACAUAUGUUGUUUUGGUUAUAACCGCUACAUCUUUAAUUUUAUAAUUCUAUUGUCAUGAAGUUUUGCUAUCAAAUUAAGGACAUGACCUAAUUUUGACAUGACUCGUCACAGGGGCAUUGCAGGAAUGGGGGGGGGGGUCUGUCUGAUAAGGACUAGAGGUGUUUAUGACAAGGACUAAGAUGGUUUGUGUAUGAGUGUGUGUUUGUUCAUAUGACUCUAUGUUUAUCUGACUGGUCUGUUUAUGUUUGUCUGUAUGUUUGACAGCAUGUAUCCGAGAAUAUUUGUGCAUAUAUCUAAGUGUGUGCAUAUUUGUGUAUCUGAGUGUGCGUCUAUGUGUUUGUAGCUGAGUGUAUUUGUGUGCAUCUGUGUGCAUCAGAGAGUAGAAAUGUAUGUCUGGAAAUGCGUGUAGCUGUAGGGGGAAUCUUUGUGAGUGUCUGGCAGUGUGUAUUUGUGUGGUUUUUUUUUUAGAAAUGCAUGUCUGUGUUUAUUUGUAUGUGUGCAUAUGUCUAUUGAUGUGUGCUACUGGACCUUGCAAAAUGGAUCUGUAUGGAGUCCACCAAUAUUUCUGAUGGCAACCCAGCUACCCAAUGACACUAUCUGAUAAAGUGCACAUAUUUAUAUAUCACAUUGAUUGAUUUUCUGCUUUUAGAACACAAAAGCAUCUCAUUGCCAAAAUGUGAAACGGGAAUGGAAUCUCCUAUUCCAAGUGGAUAUUUCUAUAAAAAUAUAUGGAAUCCAGUUUAUUGCAACAUGACCAACUAUGAAACAGGAGAUAACUUUACCAACUGUCUUCAAGGAAAGAAGUUGUUUCUCUUGGGUGAUUCCACGCUACGCCAGUUUGUAAUGCAUUUUAAUGACAUUAAAAGUAUGUUUGAUGUGUUACAUAGUUUAUUUCUUGAAUACUUCAAUAACAAACACUAGUUUUAUUUCCUUCCAGGUGCAUUAUAUAUAUAUUAUAUAACUAGUGUGUGUGUGUGUGUAUAUAUAUAUAUAUAUAUAUAUAUAUAUAUAUAUACAUACACACACACACACUAGUUAUAUUUCUUAAUUUUUAUUUUUUUGGUAGAGCCUUAUGCUACAAAUGUUUAAAGUAUUUUUUAUCACAUUAUUCUCCACUGAAUACCCCAUAAUGACAAAUAAAAACCAUUUAUGAACAUUUUAAACAUUUAUUAAAAAGAAAAAAAACUAAUAUAAAUGUGUAGACUCUUUUCUUUGAGACACAUAAAAAUGGUGGGUAACUAGGGGCUUGUGGAUCUCUAGUCACUGCUAAUGGUGGUGUCUUGGGGGGGUAACAAUAGGUUCCCUGACAUUUUUAAUUAGGGCCCCUGCACGCCAUCAAUGGGUAGGGGCUGUGGAGGCACAAUAGGUCCCCCCCCCUUUAUUACUUAGGGCCACCACCCGCAGGCACUGGGUGGGUGCUGGGAGGAACUAUAGGUUACCACAAUAUUAAUUAAUUAACCUAUGCAUUCAUCAGACUGCAUGAAUGGCUCAUUCUUUCAGUGCACCAUUUGUUCCUUCUGCACACUCCCAUCAUAUCUGGUAGGAGUAAGCCGAACUAAUGAACGAGCACCGAAAGAAUGAGCCAUUCAUGCAUUCAUCUUUUUGAAUAGCAGACAGUGUAAAAGAAAAGACCAAACAUGAAUUGUACAUGAAUUAACAAAUGAAUGGCACAUAGAAGAAUUUUUUUCAGUGUCCAUUAGUUUGUUCUUUCACUCGGCUCCCCAUUUGUUAUUCAGUAUUAGAACGAAUGGAAGAAAAUGCUGAUUUUACAUUUGUCCAAAUAUGAAUGCUCAAAUCUAAUGACAAGUACUGGGAGACUGGUCCCAGUCCCAGGGUUAAGGGAAAACUGAAAAACAGCAAAAUGCAAAGAUAUCCAUAAUGAAAGUCUGGUUUAGAGCACUAAGGACAUCAGACUGGGCCAAAAGGUCACCUUCCAACAGGACAAUGACCCUAUGGGCCAAAGGGUCACCUUCCAACAGGACAAUGACUUUAAGCACACAGCCAAGACAAUGCAAGAGAGGUUAAGUGAGCCAGAGCCCAAACUUUAAACCAAUCGAACAACUCUGAAUAGACCCAAAAAUUACUGUUCUCCGAUGGUCUUCAUCUGACCAGACAAAACUUAAGAGGAUUUGCAAAGAUUAAUGGCAGAAAUAAGGCUGUAAUCACUGCCAAACUUAGUAGUUAGAUAACAUACUGAAUACUUAUUUGAAUUUUUUUUUUAUGUUUAAUAUAUUUGCGAUGAUUUUUAAAAAUUUUGAUUUUAUUAAAGACACAGAUGUGAGUAAUGUGCUUAUUCUCUUUCUUUACUUAAAUAACAGCAAACAAAAAGAUAAAUAAAAAAAAACGGAAAACAGGUAAACGUAACAUACAAUGACAUCACAACUGACAAUCUAAGCAUAUUCCAUGACUGGUUAUAAAAGGUGCCGUGAGCAUUCUAUAAUCCUCUUUCUUUGUAGUAACUUCAUAAACCCAGAAACCAAAUAGGAUGAAAUGAUAAUAUAAUAUUCUUAAUAACCAUUCUCUGAAGGAGAAACUGUAACAAAUCCAACAAAAGUAUAAUUGAAGAAUGUAUGGACACCAUUGAAGAAUCAAACAAAUAUUAUAUAAACCAGUGAAAUAGAUGUAACAUAUUUAAUCAAUGUAAUAAUCAGACUUAGAGUCUUCUAAUAAAAUCAUUUUUUUGCUUGUCAUUAUGGUGUAUUGAGUAAAGAUUAAUGUGACAUAUAUAUAUAUUUUUAGUAUAAGGCUGCAACAUUAAAAAUAUGUUAAAAGGGGGGUCUGAAUACUUUAUGAGUGCAAUUUACUGUCAUAGUUAUUUAUUAAAGUAAGAAUUCAAAGUGAAAUUUAAGGUUCAAAUAACUGAACUGUAAACAUUCUCUAAGUCAGCUAUGCUUCCAUUUCAGUAUAGGUACUCUAGCCUUACAUUUGAAAUUCACUUUGAAAUCUCACUUUAGUAAAUAAAUUGUCAAAGUUAAAUUUUUCUCCAGAUAAAAAUACCAGUAAAAGAAUAUUAGAAAUAUAUUCACAGAAUGCAGAACUGCAAAAUUACCUGAAUGCAUGUUGUUAUCACAGCUGACAUGCUCCUGUUGCUACAACUUGGGCUACCAGAGGUUCCACAGUUCAACACCCAAAGCAUAAACAUAUAGUAGUGUUGCUCUACUGCAACUUAACCAACAGCUGCUCAACCUAACAUGCCUGUGGUUGCUUCUUUGACACAGUGUGCACUGUGUGAAGCUGUACCUACAGGCAUGUUAGGUUGAGCAACAGUUGCACAGAUAACAAUAGAGUCUGGCCCUACAUGGCUUCCCAGACAAAUAAAAAAAGUGAAAUUUGACCAAUAGCUCAACUGGAAGUAUAUCUGAUUUGAAGUUUUUUUCUUAAUACAGAUGAGCUAUGUUUGCAUCAUACUUGAAAUUCAUGUUGAAUUAUUCUUGCUAUUAGUACUUUGUGAUUUUCACCUAAUCAUUGUCCUUUUUUUGCUUUUAGUAACAAACUAUCUUGGUUUUAACCAAAGGAAUUGGAACUCUUGGCAGAAGACACUUUUAGCUGUAAACAUCGACAAAGAUAUAUAUGUAUUUUAUAAAAGGCAUGCCAUCCCCCUGGAAAGCUUUCGGUUCUACUAUUUCAAAGAAGACAAGUACAUAAGUCGUCAAAUCGACCAGCUCGGUGGAGGAAUGGAUACCAUAAUUGCAAUUACGCUGGGACAACACUUCAGACAUUUCCCUCUUACUCUGUAUAUUAGAAGAGUCAUUAACAUCCGUAGAGCUAUUGAGCGUCUUUUCCGUAGAAGUCCAGAAACCAAAGUCAUAAUUAAAUCAGAAAACACUAGAGAGAUACAUGCUUCUGUUGAAAAAACUGGUGACUUUUAUGGGUACACUCAAUAUCUUGCAUUAAGAGAAGUUUUCCAGGGAAUGAAUGUUGGAUUUGUGGAUGCCUGGGAUAUGACAGUGUCAUCCGCUACAGAAAAUAUUCAUCCACCAGGAUAUACACUUCAAGGGAUUAUGAGCAUGACAUUCACAUUUGCCUGUUAG